AUUUUUACCACAACAAGCUGGUGAUGUUGUGUGUUGUCAUUUCCUGCCUCUUGUUGCUAGGCACCAGAGGUUCUACUCCCUGCUGGACAGGUUCCGAGCCACCGUUGCCGAGGACACCAGCAGCCCCUCCCCUCCUGUGACAUCACACCCCCUGGAUGGGGAACCGCCACCUGCCCCUGAACUAGUCAAGGCUGACAAGGAGUGGUAUGUUGCCUUGGUGAUGUCCCAGUGCUGUCACCGUGGUGACGGGUCGUUCCUGGAGACAACGGAACUCCUGACCAAACUACCUCCUGACGACCUCUCUACCAUCAUGACCUGCAAGGACUUCAACCUGUCUCUCCUCUGUCCGUGUCUGAGUCUGGGGGUUCAGAGGUUAACCCGGGGUCAGGGGUCGUUGCUAUUGGAGACGGCCCUGGCCGUGACCCUGGAUCAUCUGAGCGGGGUCACACAGCUACUUCCUGUUCCACACCGUUCCUUCCUGCCGCCGGCCAAACCUGACCCGGCCGAACCCUACUGGGACAACUUGGCUAUCGUCUAUGGUGAGGCUGGACUCUACCCGCGGGUGAUGUCUCUGUGUAGAGCGCUGUCUCAGUAUCUGCUGUGUGUGGGUCAGCUUCCUUCCCCUCUGCAAAUCCCUGAAGACAAACAACAUCUCAUCACCACCUUCACCACCAUGGCUACCGAGUUGGUGGUCUGGCGUGUUCUCCAGGACAGUGUUCCUCUGAGUGUUGACCUGCAGGGGGCUCUGUCCUGUCUGUGUCUGGCCCUGCAACAACCCUGUGUCUGGAACACACUGUCUACAGCCCCGUACAAAACACACACCUGCUCUGUCAUACACUGCCUACGACUCCUCAUCACUGCAGUGGCAGUAGGUCCAGGUGACCAUCUCUUACAUCCAGGGAAGAAGAGAACCACAGGGUCAGACGGCGAUUCAGACCAGGUCCACUCUCCAAACACAGACAACGUGUGUGAGCGACGAUCGUGUGAGAUCAUGGCUGAGCUGGUGGAAGGUCUCCAGAGCGUUCUGUCUCUGGGUCACCAUAGAAACAGCGGAAUCCCAGCCUUCCUCACGCCGAUGCUCCGAAACAUCAUCAUCAGUCUGUCCAGACUACCGCUGGUCAACAGCUACACUAGAGUCCCCCCCCUGGUGUGGAAGCUGGGCUGGUCCCCUCGGCCGGGGGGAGAGUUCGGCACCACCCUUCCUGAGAUCCCUGUAGAGUUCCUGCAGGAGAAGGACGUGUUCAGGGAGUUCCUCUAUCGCAUCAACACACUGGGCUGGAGUAGUAGGACCCAGUUUGAAGAGACCUGGGCCACACUGCUGGGAGUUCUGGUCACUCAACCCAUCUCUAUGGACCAGGAGGAGGAGAGGGAACAGGAGGAGGACUUGGAGCGUACCCAGUUGAAUGUGUUAGCGGUCCAGGCCAUCACGUCUCUGGUUCUGAGUUCCAUGACUCUCCCUACUGCCGGAAACCCUACUGUCUCCUGUCUGGAACAACAGCCGAGAAACAAGACCCUUAAAGUCCUGGACACACGGUUUGGCAGGAAGUUGUCAGUGAUCAGAGGAGCCGUGGAGAGAGAGAUCCAGGCCAUGGUGUCGAAGAGAGACAACGUACACACACACCACCCCUACCACACCUGGGACCCUGUCCCCUCCCUGUCUGCUGUCUCACCAGGUACACUGAUCAGCCAUGAGAAACUCCUACUGCAGAUCAACACAGAGAGAGAGAUGGGGAACAUGGACUACAAACUGGGACAGGUGUCCAUCCAUUCUGUGUGGCUGGGGAACAACAUUACCCCUCUGAGAGAGGAAGAGUGGGGUGAGGAUGAGGAAGAUGAGACUGAUACUCCGGCCCCCGCCUCUCUUCCUACCUCUCCUAUCAACUCCAGGAAGCAUCGUGCAGGUGUAGACAUCCACUCCUGUUCUCAGUUCCUAUUGGAGCUCUACAGCCAGUGGCUCCUCCCCGGUUCCCCUAGCAACAGACGCACCCCUGUUGUGCUCAUCAGCGAGGUGGUCCGAUCGUUGUUGGCGGUCUCUGACCUGUUCACGGAGCGUAACCAGUUUGACAUGAUGUUCACCACCCUGAUGGAGCUGCAGAAGAGUCAUCCUGCUGAAGAUGAGAUAAUGAACCAGUACCUGGUACCAGCUCUCUGUAAGGCUGCUGCUGUCCUGGGCAUGGACAAGGCGACCUCUGAACCUGUGUGUCGGGUGUUGGAGCUGACCCUGCACAGCACCCACCUCCCCAGCCGUAUGGGAGCGCUGCAUGGCCUGCUGUACGUACUGGAGUGUGACCUGCUGGACGACACGGUGAAACAGCUGAUACCUGCCGUCUCUGACUACAUCCUGAGUAACCUACGGGCCGUAGCACACUGUGUGAACCUGCACAACCAGCAGCAUGUCUUGGUGAUGUGUGCUGUGGCCUUUUACAUGAUGGAGAACUACCCUCUGGAUGUAGGAGCCGAGUUUACUGCUGGGGUUAUACAGAUGUGUGGUGUGAUGGUAUCAGCCAGUGAAGACUCCACCCCCUCAGUGAUCUACCACUGUGUGUUGCGUGGGUUGGAGCGCCUCCUGCUGUCGGAGCAGCUGUCUCGUAUGGACGGAGAGGCACUGGUUAAACUGAGUGUCGACAGGGUUAACAUGCCAAGCCCUCACAGAGCCAUGUCUGCACUGGGACUCAUGCUCACCUGCAUGUACACAGCGGUGCGUACCUCAGCGUCGACAGCAGAGUCAACAUUGGGGUCAGAGGUGAUGGGGUCAGAGGUUAGAGGUCAGGGGUCAGAGGUUACCUCGGGUCCUGUUGCUUUCUCCUCAGGCAAGGAGAAGGCCAGCCCUGGUCGCCCGGCCGGCGCUGUCGACCCUCAGGCCCCCGACAGCGAGUCUGUCAUCGUUGCCAUGGAGAGGGUCUCUGUGCUCUUCGACAGGGUCCGUAAGGGUUUACCCAGCGAGGCACGGGUGGUGGCCAGGAUUCUUCCUCAGUUCCUGGACGACUUCUUCCCUCCGCAGGACGUCAUGAACAAGGUUAUCGGAGAGUUCCUGUCCAAUCAGCAGCCUUACCCACAGUUCAUGGCUACUGUGGUCUACAAGGUGUUCCAGACCCUCCAUGCUACAGGCCAGUCCAGUAUGGUGACAGACUGGGUGUUACUGUCUCUGUCUAACUUCACCCAGAGAACCCCAGUUGCCAUGGCCAUGUGGAGUCUGUCUUGCUUCUUCAUCUCUGCCUCCACCUCCCAGUGGGUCUCUGCCCUCCUGCCCCAUGUCAUCAGCCGUAUGGGUAAGAGUGAGGUGGUGGACAUCAGCCUGUUCUGUCUGGUAGCCCUGGACUUCUACAGACACCAGCUGGAUGAAGAGUUGGACCGCAGAGCCUUCCAGUCUGUCUUCCAGACCGUGGCCUCGCCUGGCAACACCUAUCAGCAGCUACUGGACUGUCUGCAGAGUAUCCACCAAGACACAUCACUCUGAGAGAGAGAUGUAGCCCUUAUCACCAGACAUCACACAGAGGGGGGGGGGGGGGGGGGC